AUGAGUCAAGAAACCUCCAACAUGCUUCGCUUUGGAUUUUUAUCCACUGCUGCCAUCGGAAAGAAGGUCGCCAAGGCCAUCAAGGAAUCUCCAUUUGCUUCCAACUAUGCAGUUGCUUCCCGAGAGAAGAGCCGAGCUGAAACAUUUGCUCAAGAAAAUGGAUUUGAAAAGGCUUUUGCCUCAUAUGAUGAAUUGUUGGAAUGUUCCGAAGUGGAUGCUGUUUAUAUUCCAUUGCCAACUUCCAUGAAGGAAGAGUGGGCGAUUAAAGCAGCAAAGGCUGGAAAGCAUGUGUUAUGUGACAAGCCUUUUGCUUCUGCUCAAUCUGUGAGAAAUAUGAUCAAGUCAUGUGAAGAGAAUGGAGUGUUUUUCAUGGACAAUACAAUGUGGGUCCAUAAUAAGCGUACUCAUCAUUUGAAACGCUUGUUUGAAACUGAUGAAAGAUUUCAAAAAUUAGUGCGUGUGAACAACUCCUUUGCCAAUUAUUUCAUGAAUAACCUCAAUGACAUUCGAUUGGAUAUUAGUUUGGAGCCCUAUGGAUGUCUUGGUGAUUUGGGUUGGUACUGCAUUCGUAAUAUUUUGUGGGCGUUUAAUUAUGAACUUCCAACAAAGGUGGUUGCAUUUUCCAAAAGACAUGACAAUGAAUUGCCCAAUAAGAGGGCCAUUAUUAACUUUGAUGGAAUUUUGCACUUUUCAAAUGAUAGAGUUGCAACCUUUAAUUGCAGCUUUGAAGAAGCACAAAGACAAACAAGUGAAAUUGUGUUUCCUCGUUUUAGAAUUCUUGUGGAUGACUUUGUGUUGACAUGGGACAAUGAAGAAAUUUACUUCCCACGAAGCACCUAUGACAAACAUGGUAAAUUCCAAAUUCAUUCACAACAUGGACGCUAUGAAACUGUUGUUUGUGAAGAAUCGACUCAACAUGUUGAAUUAUUCGAAUCAUUCUUUAAAGGAACGAAGAAUCCAAAGGAACACAAUCAUUGGGGGUCAGAGACUGAAAAAACAAUGAUUGUAUUGGAUGCUUUGUUUAAUUCUUCUGAAAACAAUGGACUUGUGAUUACCUUGUAG